GGAAGGGCAGUUUUACAUUUUAAAAAAAGAAGAAGAAGAAGAGCCUGGGGGACACAAGGUUCACUCAGAUCAGAAGAGCUGCUGCAGGCAAUUCAGCAAAGAGCAAAAGCAGUUGAGUGCAGAGGUAGCACCCGGUCUCAAAGCAAGGAGAAACUGGCAAACACGAAGGGACAGAGAUUGAUACACUUCCUUCAUCGUCGCAUACAAUGUCUCGUCCUGCACACAGAAGACCAGAAUACCAUAAAAUAAACAAAGAUCUCUUUGUCCUCACCUAUGGAGCUCUGGUUGCCCAACUCUGUAAGGAUUAUGAAAAAGAUGAAGAUGUGAAUAAAUACUUAGAUACAAUGGGAUACGGUAUUGGAACACGGCUGAUAGAAGACUUUCUGGCUCGGUCAUGUGUGAGAAGAUGCCAUAGUUAUUCAGAAAUUACAGACAUAAUUGCCCAGGUUGCUUUCAAGAUGUACUUGGGGAUCACACCAAGUGUGACCUGUAACAAUUCCAGCAGGAAUGAAUUUUCCCUGAUUCUAGACAAGAAUCCUCUGGUAGAGUUUGUGGAAGAGCUCCCCGCUGGCCGAUCCUCUCUGUGCUACUGCAAUUUACUCUGUGGGAUUAUCAGAGGUGCCCUGGAAAUGGUUCAUUUGGCUGCUGAUGUUACAUUCUUGCAAGACAGACUAAAAGGCGACAGUGUGACAGAAAUAGGAAUAACAUUUCUAAAAAAGUUAGAUGAGAGAAAAUACAGACGGAAAAAAUGAAGAAUAGCAUGCAAAAUGCCACGGGCUGGCUGGUUGGGGAAUUAAUAUUAGCUCAACAUAUAUAGCCAUAUAAAUUUUGAAUUGCUUAAUAGCAUGGAAUUUAAAAGGCGUAUAAAUCAGCUAGAAAUUUGAAAUGCAGAGCAUUAAGAUUUAAAUCUUUUUCUCUUUGCUUAUAAAUCACACAUUUUCAAUUUCAAGUCCAAAAGAUUUCAUGUACAAAUAAUUCCUUGUAAGAUAGCAAGCAUGAAUUCUACAUAUUACAUAGUCUGUCCUAAGAGUGUCUCUGUAUUUCACUUACUUACGGUAAGAAAAAAAAGUUUACCACUUACACAGCCGGUGUAUUUAUCCCUUCUUAGUGGAAAAAAGAAUGAAAUGAUACAAUAUAAAGUUCACUCUAUUAAGACAAUUUCUAGAUAUUGUAUAUUGCACUACCCAUAGAAACAGUGCCAUUAUAACACUUUUCCAUAUUUUUAAGAAACUAUAGAUAGAUGAUUUUUCUCAUAUUGGUUUGGCUUAUAGCUUCAGCCUCCUGAAGCUACUCUUAGUUUAUAACUAUCAAGGCAAGCUAUUUACUUAUAUGCUAAUUCUGAAAUAUUUUAAAAUAGCUUUUAAUUUUAAUUCAUUUAAUUUUGAGACAGCUGAUAUUAACCAAAUCCUUUCCUUUUCUCAUGAAAUAUUGCUGAUGGUCAGGCCAGGAAAUUCCUAAAAUGAGAGGUAAAUAAUGUACUUUGAGAAUACUUUCUUACCUCAAAGCUUAUUCAGUUAGACCUUUUGGUAUCAUUUUUAUCCCCUGAAAAUCAUACAAAGUAUAUUUUGUUUGUAACCAGAACAUAUUUCAAAUUCAAAGUGUACUGGACAAAUAAACAAUAAUCUUUACCAGAUCACGAGCAUACAGCAGUCCAGAAGUAGAGAACUCAGAUUACAAGUAAAAGUUACAACUAGUGGGGAACCAUUAGUUAAAACUUGCAUAAGUGAUACAGUAGUGAUAGACCUCAACUGGGACUCGGGAGCCUGAACAUGCAGCCCCAGUGCAGUUUCUAGUGGUGUCAGCUGAUCCUGACUGGUGGCUGGUUCAGGGCAAGGCAUGUCAUCUCUCAGCCUCUCUCCAUCUGUCUCUCUGUCUCAUUUAUCUGUAAAAUGAGAGGAUUGGACAUAAUAAAUGUCAAAAAAACUAGGAGAAAGAAGACUGGGGGAAAUGGUUUGUUCCUCACCUACCCAGAUGUCUCUUCAAAAGGACGCUGAGGUAGGUAUUAAGGACCAAACAAUAUCACUUAUGCAGCUGCAGCAUCAGCGGAAGUAUUUUCAAGCCAGUUCCACAGAAUACCAGGAGUAGUAUCUGGAAGAACGUUAUCUGAUACCAGAAGGGAUAUCAUAAUGCCAUGUAUUUUAAACUGAUGCCUUCAAGAAAAAUAUUUGCCUACAAGCCAUUCCAAAGCUUCUUUCAGGAUAUUUCCAUCUCCUGCUCAGUGUCCUCUUUCUCCGUAAUAGUACACUCACCCCUCCAGGAACCCACAAUAUUCAUGUCUAUGGGCCUCCCUCUUAGGUCGUCACCCAACUAGCUGUCUUGAAAAUGUUCCAUGCCCUGGAGUAUUCUCCUACCUGUCUACAGCCUCCUUUCCUUUCUCCCUCAACCCAGCCGUCAGAAUUCCCUUAGCCCAAUGUCUUCAUUCCCUACCCUUGAAAGCAGCUUAACUAAUUCUCUCCAUGAUGCUGAGUGUUGGAACUGGUGAUGGCUUCAGAGUGAGGUUUGUUCUCCAUCCCUUUUCUGUUUUCUUCACCCUGGGGAAGGAAGCAAGUCUCCUGGCACUGAACUUACGCUAUGAAAGAUGAUCUAUAUAACCAAGAGAAUGUCUUAUUUGUAUUCACUAGGUGCUCUAUCUUGAAGAAUGUGAGAAUCUAGAAAGUAUUGUUCAUUAGAAUUUUGACAGCUACUUAUAUAGAUUUUCUAAUAGCCACAUUAAAAAAAGCAAAAAGAUAAAUUAAGGUUAAAAAAAGUUAACAAGUUGAGGGGAGGAUAGAGCCCAGAGGUAGAGUGUGUGCUUAGCAUGCAUGUAGUCCUGGGUUCAAUUUCCAGUACCUUCAUUAAAAAUAAAUGAAUAAGUAAAUAAAUACCUAAUUACCCCCCCCAAAAAUUUAAAAAUAGAAGAAAUCAAAAAAGUAAAAUUAAAGGUAACAUUAAUUUUAAUAAUAUAUUUUAUUUAGACUAAUUAUCCAAAAUAUUUAGCAAAUAGAAAAAUUAUGAUAGACAGUUUACAUUCCUUUUGUACUAAAUCUUCGCACUCUAGUGUAAUGCAAAGUAUUUUACACUUUUAGUGCAUCUCAAUUGAGGCUAAAUUUUCAAAGCUUACAGUGAAACGCAGUCCUACCAAAACAAACUGUGUUUAGAGUUGUUUAGUAGCUUCAGUUUUUAAAUCUAAAUUAAUUAAAAUGAAAGUAGAUUAAAAGUGCAUUUCCUCAGUCACACUAGUCACAUUGUAAGUAUUCAGCAGCCGUGCAUGGCUGCAGGUACUCCUUGUACAGCACAGGUCUAGCACUCCCAGGCAAAGAGCUGUUGCACCUCCCUGUGGGGAAGAUCCAGGUUCACAGAGAGAAAGAGGAAAUGCGAAGAAAGAGAAAAGGUAAGGAAAACCAGGGGAAAGAGAUCAUCAGAAAUCCAUGAAAUGCUUUCUCUCCACAAACUUGAGUGGUGAUCCAGAAAAAGAGGAAGGUUUCAUAGCAAAGAGAGUUUGCACACCAUCCCCUGGGCUCCAAAUGUAUUUUCACUGCUUUUAUGUAAAGUUGAGUCUUUCUAAUAUGGAAGUUGUACAGCGUAACUACAGAGUUAUAUGAUUUUUUUUCUAAUUUCAUAAAAGCCUUCACUCUGAACCCAAAACCUUGAGCAAUGUAGAGAUGUUUAUCAUUUCUGCUCAGCCAAAAGAGAGGAAAGGUUUAGGGGCAGAGAGAGAGUUUUGUACUAUUCAAAUGACCUCACCAGAUGGUUGCCUGAGCUGUUUACUGAAGGAGCCUGCCUCAGUGCCUAUUCACUAAAAGCUGCCAGGAAGUAGACAUGCCUACCCUCAGCAGCCUGCACAUUCAUUUUUUGCCUUCUCAAAUCUCUCGGUUUCACCCAUGAAUUAUUGGAAGCCUGGAUCUCUUUAGUAGUUGAAAUGGAUUGUUCUGAAUAAGUGGAAAGUUCCCUCUUCUUGUUUAUGAAGGACCAGAAUAAAAAUUUGGAAAACCAGAUGCUUGAAAUGAGAAGAAGACGUUAAAACUUUUGUAACCAAAGAAGCCACUAUAACCAAGAUCUGCUAAGUGUUAAAGUAACGUCGUUACUGCUGAAGGAUAUAAUGUUAUUCAAUGUUAAGAGUUUCUUCAAGACCUACUAUACAGCACAGGGAACUAUAUUCGACUUCUUAUAAUAACAUAUAAUGGAAAAGAAUCUGAAAAGAAAAAAUACAUAUGUACGUAUGUGUAUAACUGAAUCUCUUUGCUGGUCACCUGAAACUAACAUUGUAAAUCAACAACUACACUUCAAUAAAAAAUAGAAUUAAAAAAAAAUCAAGAGAUUAAUAAAAAGAGUCUCUCCUGUUGGGACUGUAGACUCUGGGCAGUGGUAAUUUCUCCUCAGUAACACUGAAGGAGUCCCUGGUGAAAGCAACCUCCCAGCCCCAGAAAGUUGGCAUCACAAAAGACUCCCUCUUAAAAAAGAAAGCCAGGUUUUGUUUACUCCUCCUGGUUGCAUAUUCCUUAAAAAAAUCUGUCCAGCUGCUGCACUUCCUCAUUCUGGCAAACCUUCCAGAAAUUUAGCUGGACAUGACCAAAGGUCAACCAGCAGUGGCUACAGCAAAUAAUCAGCAGAAAAGGCAUGUGGCCAGUGUAAUGUACCCAUCUAUGCUCUGAAAAGGAAACACUCAGUUCUUAUUCAAUCAGCAGUAGUUACCCUAAAACUGAAAACAAGCCAUAGCCACAACAAUUAUCAGCAAAAUACUAUUUUUCAAGUGUGUCAUUAAGAGAAGACAAGCUAAACAAAACACAUCAACAGUUGGAAAUCCUUCACUACAAACAGUUAAGAAAUAAAUGUCCUAGGAUAAUUCCUUGUUCUCCCUUAAACUCAGACUCUGUCUUUCCCAAUUAAAUCUUUCUUUACUUUUCUUCCUUCAGUUUCGUCUUUCAUGUUUUCUUCCAAAGAAAUCUCCCUGCAACUCCUUUACUUUCUUUUUUAUUCUCUCUUUAAUUCCCUUUGUUUUAAUUAUUCUUCAUGUAAUGGACAUUUGUUGGUUGCCUGUAUCAUCCCUUCUCCUAAAAGAACGACAUUCUUCUGUUCAGGUGCCCCCGCUUUGUUAGGCAACCAUCUACUGCAGGGAAGUCAUCCACAGCCCCAGCUCCACUGCUGUCACCUGGUACAGCAGCUCUUUCCCGGCUUAAAACCACCCCCUUGCCAGCCAGGUCUAAGCCAAUGGCAUUCCGCAGACCUAGAGGGGAACAAAGAUGACUGGGUUGAAGAGAAGAAAAGCUUGCCUGUUACAUGAGGCAAUAACUCCAAUUUUCCUUUAAGCGAGUAGAGCUGGGUUUCUGUUACAGUAAUGCAACGAAGUUCACUGUAUGAUAAUAUGUGACAGGUCAGAUAAUUUGCAACACAUUGGAGAAUACCAAAGAAUAAAACGUUUAUUAGUACAUUUUUCACAUGAAUGAAAUAAAAUGUGGAUUUACAACAGCUCUUUUCCUCACAAAGAGAAAAAGAUUACAGGACAAAGAAGACAGAAAGCAGCAUUAGAGUGUGCAUCUGUACAGCCCAGGGCCCAGAAAAGGGAGAUUUCACAGAAAGAAAGGAG